UAACAUCACUUGGUAUUUUACGAACCUGAAAACUGGGGGUAUAUAGUGCUUCAGACGUAAUAAUUCGGCAAUAAUUGCAUUUCCUCUGGAGACCAGCCUCAGAAUAUACUGGCCACAAGGAUUAUUAUCGGCUAAAAAUUCAGCCAUUUUUCUAAGCGAGUUAAUUACAAAGCGUCACUCACGACAAAAUAGUCGUAAAUUAGGAACCAUCGGACGAUUACAAUUAUUCACACUUCUUUUUUGGUGUAUGGUCCCAAGCACUCGAAAACUUGCCACCUGUCAAUGUCAACCCGACCAACAGCCAUUACGAAAACAGUCGCCAUUCCUUUACGAUGCAAAAUAAACACUUUAAAUUAGUCGCAAACAUGGCGGUUUUAGUUGAUUUUAGGGCUCUUUUAUUCUUGAAGUUCUUUAAUUAGAGUUUAUUAGUUGACAACAAAGAUGACUGUGAAGUGAAGUUUCAGUGUACGUUUGUUCUUGGAAAGAAGAAAGAGGUUUGAGUUUGUGUCUAUUCAGUGAAUUGCAUUUCUUCUCCGCGCUUCUGAGUCAACUUCCAGUAUCGUCACAUUCUGCACCGUUUCAUCAUAUUUCAAUAUUCAGUUCUGUACUUAUAAGCUUGUUUCCUUCCAAAUCCUUGCGCAGCUCAUGAUAUGCAUGACAAACUAACUAAAAUGCGUGCAUUCUAAAUAUGGCAACUGAAAAGGAUUCUUAUAGAGGCACUGCUGAAAAACCUUGCAGAGCGUGCACUGAUUUUCAGUCGUGGACAAAACUUCAGAAACGGUCUUUAAACAAGGAAAACGUUAGUAACGAGAAGAAAGUAGAAGUAGAAGACAAACCAUGCCCUCUGUCAAAGGAUCAACUGGGCAAUCACACAUGGCACUUUCUGCAUACGAUGGCAGCCUACUAUCCAGAGAAACCAUCAACUGAGCAGAAAGCAGAAAUGAAACAGUUUUUUUCUAUUUUCUCUAAUUUCUAUCCUUGCAAUUAUUGUGCUGAAGACUUAAAAAACCAGUUGAAGGAAUCACCACCUAAAACUGAUUCGCAAAAAGAAUUGUCCCAAUGGUUGUGCAGAGUUCAUAAUAAUAUUAACCGUCGGUUAGGGAAGAAGGAAUUUGAUUGUUCAAAAGUUGAUGAGCGUUGGAAAACAGGCUGGGAAGAUGGCUCGUGUGACUGAAAGAAGCUAGUCUAGCUUUAUAGAAACUCAGUGCUGUACAAGAAUUAUACAUUGUGUUUUUCAGAUGUAUACAUUGUUAAAUGUAGUGGCAUUGAAAAGUAGUAGUUGACAGGUAAGGUGUUAGAGCAUCCUUUAUAUUUUUUUAUGAGUUUAUGAAUUAAGAAAUACCCCAUUAUACCAUCAAAUAAUUGAUGCUAGUUUUGUUACAUUUAAAAAAAAAAUGUAAAAUGGUAUUUCAGAAUAUUUUUUUGUUAUUUAAUUGAGUUUACUUGCAAAAUAGUUAUGUAAAGUAAAUGCAAAUUGUAAACUAUAAAUAUUCUUGUACAAAUUUGAAUAUUUUUAUUAACAUGUAACAAUGGUGUCAUGUCUGAAGAACUGGGCAGUAUUUUAGUUAAAAUGAUAAAAAACUGCUUGUAUUUAAUUUCCUCAUCCUUGCAUGUGUUAGAGGGCAAUAUUUUAAAUUUUUUAAAUGAUAAACAAAAGAAUUGUCUUUUUCUUGUCUUGAGCAUGGCUUCUUUUCUCAUUGGAUUCACGCAUAUUGGAAAUAAAUAUUAGUAUAGCUUGGAUGUCUUUUAAGGUUUUCCCUAUGCCUACCUUUUCCAACACCCAUCCUACUAACAUAAUGGAAAAUAUAAUAGUAAUGAUAAAAAGACAAACAAAAAACUGUGGUUCAAGUUACAAAACACCCAUUGCUGAAACAAUAUUGGUUUUUAAAAUGGAGAGGAAAGGAAAAUACAUUUUUUUAAAAAUAUUAACUUGCACAAAAUUAAAUUUGUUGCAACACAAGCAUGUUCGUUGAUAAAUCUCACAAGCUAUUGAAUGGAUUACUUGCAUUACUCUCACAGCAAAAUAAAAAUCUUUUCGACAGUCAAUAGUAGUUUCUUCCCUUGUGUUCUCAUUAACAUUUCUAUUUGUUGAGCCGUAUGUAGUAUCUUGAGAUGACUGACAUUUCAUGUAUUGGCUGCACUGUAUGACAGAUAAGGUGAUAAAGCUUCUUCCUGCUUGUAGGGUUGGGCAUGAUAUCUGGUACAGUGUACAUUUAGUUAUGUGACCAUAUGUCUUGUUUCUGGCAUUUCAACUGCAAGACAGUUGAUGGACUGAAAAAGUAUGCUUUUAUGUUGAGAGUAUGGCUAGUCGCGCACAGCACUCAGUGCUGCUGGUGCUGUUGCUGAUGCUUCUGGAAUCUUCAUCUCAAGUGGAUUUGGCACCCCCAGUCCUCAGUUGCCCUGAGAGCUGCCGAUGUGCUCACCCUCUCAAGGCAAACUGUUCUUCUGGAUCAUGGCGCAGUUUUCCGCUUGGUCUCAAUCCGGAAGUCCGCAUCUUACACAUGACAAACAACAGCAUCCUGAAGUUAGAUAACAACACUUUUCUCAUUACACAUCUGCCUUAUCUGAAUGUGAUGUACCUGCAGAGAAACAGGAUAAACUUUAUUCACAGGAUGGCAUUUCAAGAACUGAAACAUCUGAGAUUCCUAUAUUUAGAUAGAAAUAGAAUUACAACUUUUGAUACCGAUGUGUUUUCUGAUAAUAAGCGUUUGGAAGUGCUUGGAUUAAGUUUCAAUCCUCUGAGAUUCCCAAAUCGGGGACCGUUUUUGAAGAGUACAUCAUUGCAAAUGUUAGAUAUGUCUCAUUGUAAUAUUUCACGUUUACCGAAAGAAACUUUUGUUGCUCUUUCUGCCUUAGAAGAAUUACGACUUUCGUAUAAUUCUUUGACUCAACUAGAUGCUGAUUUAUUUAUGUUUUUGCAAAACUUAAAAUAUUUGUACAUGUCUAACAAUAAUUUGAGUUAUAUACCACAAGAUUUAUUUAUGUACUCUGAAUUCCUACAAGUGCUUGAUAUUUCUCAAAAUAAAUUAAAAGAAUUAGAAAGUUUUAUUUUUCAUCAUCAAAUAUAUUUAGAAGUAUUGUAUUUAAAUUUCAAUCAGUUAACUUCUCUUCAUGAAAAUCUCUUUCAUUCUUUAGGUAAUUUAACUGAAUUAUACCUUCAGAAUAAUAGUAUUGAAGCAAUAGAAAAUGAUGUAUUUGGAUCUACUGCCAAUCUAAGAUUAUUAUAUCUGGAUAAUAAUUCCAUGGAAAACAUCACUAGAGAAGCUUUAGCAUCAUUAGAAUCUCUGAGCCAUUUGUACAUAUCUAACAACCACCUCAGGACAUUCCACAUGCGUCUCGUGUGUGAUUUGCCAAGUUUAAAAUACCUUCGGGUGUACGGAAAUCCCAUGAGCUGCAGCUGUGAAUUGAAGACAUUGUGGGAAUGGGCUAUGUAUCGUGGUAUUCAGCUGUGGGGAUCUUGUACACCAGAGGGUUCAGAUGAAGUCUUAUCUAACAGUUCUGUGGCUAGUGCUCUUGUGCAGUUGACUUGUAAUCAAACAUCAUGUGCUCUAGAGACAGUGAUUGAAAAAGAGGACACCUUCCUUUUAUUAGUGUACAUAUUGAGUGGAGUUUGUCCUCUUGUGCUAGUGAUAAUUUGCUCCAUCCUUACUGUAUGUGCUUUCAAAAACCAUCGCAAAAAUGUUCAGGAGCAAGAAGUGUCCUACAAUAUGACAACAUCCAGCACAGGGUAUUUAAUGCAGGAACAUAUGGCACCAGGUCAGAUGUACAGCAGUGAUGAAUUACAGAAUGUGGAAAACUGUGAUUAUGCCAUGCAGGCAACUCCUGUGAAAGAAUGUACUCAUGUUUCACCGUACAGUGUUUCUCCUGUAUUGUAUAGUAAUGAUAAUGCUGGCGUUGCCCAUUGUCCCCCACCUAUUCCUGCCAUGCCUCCCAAGGAAUUGCUCUCUAAUUCACCAUAUGCAGUGCCUCUGGGUUAUGUUAGGGAACCUCCUGCUCCUGUGCGUGGACGUGCAUUCAGCACGUCAGAAGAAGAGGAGUCUCGUCCUCUUAUGAGGCCUCACCAUGGAGGCACAUUGCCUGCUGCGUCACGUAGCUCUUCCUUCCGAACCAGACAAACAGCUCGGAGGUUACGGCCACGGAGGCAGCUUGGCAAUUUGUCUUCAGACACAGAACCUUGGUCUUCCUAUUCUGAAGACGCUUCUGAUACAGUCAGCGUUACCCAGUGUGAAAUGGCAACAUGGAGUGGGUCAGAAGCUUCCACACAUGUUGUAUCUGAAAACAAUGUGGACACAAUGCGAGCAUGAGAUUUAAAUCUGUUGCUUUUAAGGGUGCAUGGAUUUUUCUAUUGUGCUCCAUUAGUGUUCAAAAACUUGUCAAUAUACUGAAGAAAUAAUAGUUAUUUCUUUGUUUCAACGGAGGAUUUGAACAAUACUAUUAGAAAAUUGUGUAGAUUAAUAGAACUUUUGUAUAUGUAUGCCAUACAGAUGUAUAUAUAUAUAAACUGUUUGGUAUUCUUGAGACUGAUUUUAAGUCCUCAUUUACAUUACUUUUAUGCAUACUAAUCUCUCUGAGGUUGUGCAGCCAAUGGAGGCAGCAUAAUUCAGAUUCUCCUCUGCACAAACUACCAGUUUGAUAUUGAAGCAACAAUAUGUGCAGAGCACACUUUAUUUUAAGGAAAAGUUAAAGUUAUUGUCACUUAUUGAAUAUUUCACCAGACAUGUUCAUUUAUCAACUUAUAUUUUGUACCUGCUGUUCUCUUACUAAUUUACCAAGGCUGGAUUGAAUUGCAUUGAAUUUAAUAUGUUUGAUGAGAAUGAAUAUGAAUUUUAAACAGUUGCUUCAAUCUCUUGUGCCAAAUAAUAAACAAAAUAUCUGUGGUAUGUUGCUUCCAGUGCUAAAAUUAUGCCGUUUUAAAAUUUUUAACCAAGCUCUGCCAAUAAUCCACAACUGUCAAUUUCUUAAAACUUACAUUACAUUAAUACAUAGAAAGUGUAUUAGCCCUUACCAAAGCAAUAUUCUUAGAUGUAAAUUUCAGUGUAAAUAUUGUUACAUGUAGUCAUAAAAAGAACUAUAGAAAAGAAUUGGAGGUACUCAUUUUUUUGUAGAUUCAAUUCUUUGAUCUUGUAGAAAGAAAUCUUAUUUGGUACACAGUAGCUCAAUUAAUAGUGUAGUUUUAUUCACAAAAUUAGUUUCGUAUAUAAGAGAGCAAUAAGUUUGUUAUCUACAAGUACGAGUAGGAUGAGCAUAAAGAAUGAGUUUACUAGUUUGUGGGCAAAUUUUAGUUUUAGAAUGCAUAGCAUUAAAACAAGGAGCUCUAAACUUGACUUCUAUGUUAUUCAGAUAAUUUAUCAUUUUGCAUUCUGUGUAUUCUGAUUGUCUUUACUUUUGUUUGUAAGCAUGAUACAAGUAUUUUUGAUUCCUUUUAUUUUUUGAAAGGUGCUGGGCCACUUUUCUAAAAGUUGAGCUAGUAUUUUGCUUUGUUUUCAUAUUUAUUGUUUACAGUAAUAUCCGAAUUAAUUUUAGAGUUUCUACCUAAAGAAUGCCUUGUUAAUUGCAACCAUUUGGUUACCAUUCAAGGGAUUCAAUUUAUGAGUGUUUGUUUGCUGUGUUAAGGUGUGGUUCCUGACUUUGGAUGCUUUGAAAUGAGUGUAAAGGCCAUUGACUGGGGAAAUUGUGGUUAAGAAUCUGUCCACAGAUCUCUUAGGCCAAGAGGCACUCUCUUCGCUUCCUGCCUUAUGAGAUACACUGUUCCAAACUAGUUGACAAGCAGUGAUUGUUAGAUAUUGAACCUAUUGUUAUCUGACUAGCUGUAUAUAACAUUAUCUAUUGUUAUAAAUUGUUAUAAAGGUUUAAGAUGAUGUAUGCAAUGCACAUUUUACCAUAUUUAUAUUUUUUAUUACCUUUGACUGUUUCACUGAUCAUAACUUUUUGACAAUCGAGUCAUUCAGUUGAUAUGAACAAAUAUCAGGUGUAUUUUAUUCUGGUUUCCUGUUGAUGUCACCGUGAUUUUAUUGAAAUGAAUUUGCAGUGUUCCCAUAGGCUCUACUGUUGUGAUACGAGAUCUGAGCCUCUUCCUGUAGUUUUGUUGCAAUAUUUUGAUAUCUGUUAUACACAUGUGAACAUGUAUGUUAUGGUGUAAUAAUAAAGCAUGUAUUUUUUAGAUAUUUUAUUCCAAUGAGAAAAGAGU